CUUUUAUUACCCCGGACGAACAAUUUUGCAAUCCUUUUCAAUAAGAGGAGCUAAAAGAACGUGAUGUAUAAAUAUAGGUGCAGAUAAUGUCAACGUCAGUAAUCGUCUUCGUUAUUCUCUGUGAUUCUACAACAUGAAAGUAGCCUUAUUUCUCUUCGCAAUAAUCACUAAUGGAUUAGCGGCUCAACUCACUGGGAAAGAACCCAUACCAAUCAUCAGCCAAGACAGAGAAGUCAACAUCGAUGGAUCAUACAGAUCAUCCUACGAAACUGGAAACGGUAUUUUUGCUCAAGAACAAGGGGUGUUGAAAAAUGCCGGUGUCAAGGAUGCUGAAACGGAAAAUGUUCAAGGGGGAUUCAGGUAUACCGCUCCUGACGGGAGUCCAAUUCAAGUGACCUACACGGCUGAUGAAAAUGGAUUCCACGCACAAGGAGACCAUCUUCCAGUGCCUCCAAUAGACGAUAAAACUCCACCACCGAUUCCGGUAGCUAUCCUCAGAUCUCUAGAGUAUAACGCUGCCCAUCCAGAGGAAGACGAAGAGAGACCGGCUCCCGCGGCAAGGCGAUUUUGAAAGAUUUGUAUGUUUCCCGUGAAAUACUGUUGAUUUAUAUAGAGAAAAUGUUGUGCAGAAAAACCUCUUCUGUUUCAACUUCAAUUCUUCCAUAUAUCUAUUUGUGAGGUACAGAUAAUAUACUGUAAUUCCAACUGAAUCAGCAUAUAAUAAUGAUGUAUGAUGUCUAUAUCACGAUGAUAUUCAAAUGGCAACUUUGUGUCUCAUUUCAAUGUCAAGAAAGUUAAUAAAUAAGUUACAAUUGAAA